UCCAGGACUACACGCCCCAACCUAUCACCUCUCAUCAAUCAUCACCACCACACAUUCAAACCGCUCCAACCGUCGAACCCACCCGCACCCAUUGGCCACCACCAUUGGAGCGUCCCCUUGCAGCGAGCACAAUACUGCCGACAUACUGCAAGAACGGCAGACCGCAGGAACUGCCUCGGGAACUGCAUCUAACCCCGAGACAGCAUGACCUUGACCUCCUCCUCCAGUUGGUGAAUGGAUACUCGACUCGGACUUGGCCAUGGCCGCCUCCGUGGACUCGAUCAAGGCCCGCCACCCUCAUAAACACCCUCACCAGCACCUCCCGCCACCGGCUCUACCGCUCUCUCCGCCUCUCGAGCCUCUAUCUCACCGCCAUCACCAGCUCGCCUCCGCCGCUUCAACUGCCGUGUCGACGUCAGUCAGCCCCCUCAACGGCGUCGCUCCACCGCUUCGUCCCACCGCCCAGUCGACUACAGUCGCCUCGAACUCAGCGACGACGACCGACGACACGCCGUCCCUACCCCCGAUCUCGUCCGACGAGGACCGCUCCUCGGAAGAUGGCUCUCGCCGCAGCGCCAGCCCUCAGCGGCCCGUGUCCAACUCGUCGUCCAUCUCCGAUCCCGCAGUAGAAGAUGACCACGAGCAUGAUGCCGACACGGAGGACGAUCACCAGCGGCAACACACCGUAGGGGAAGGGUCAUGGAACUGGGGAACAGACAAGGACAGUGUCAGCAGGGACAAAAGCGAUGGGUUCCACGGACGAGGCAGUCGCAGCAGCACAAUUACCAAUGCCUCCAUGUACAGCGGUGGCCACGUCCGCCGCCUUUCCAGCCACGAGAUCCAACGCCUCACCAACGCUCCUGAAUCUCUCCCUGUUGCCCCAGCGCUUCAGCGCCGCUCCAUAGACCAAGAGACCGUCGCCCGCUUUGCUGAACAGCGCGAGGCUAUCCGCCAGUCUAUGCUCCAUCACCCAGAUCUCGGACGCCAACCCGACUACCUCCAACUACAACCCAACGGACUUGCAAUCGAAGCCCGCACAUCCAGCGCUGCCAGCUCUCGUGAUGCUCAGCGUCGCCCGUCUCCGGCGCCGCGAACCGUUUCGACGCCGCCCACAAGUCGUGUGCAGCCCAGCGACGCCCUCGGAUUGUCGGUGCCCUCGGCCCGUCGAUAUUCCUCCUUCAACUCCGUUAACCGGCCUCCCUUGCUUCACCUGAACCUCGAGGGCGUGGCAACGUCUCCAAGUCGUCCAAGCCGCUCGAACCCGGCCACGGCGAUUCCGAUUCAGCAACCCGACGCAGUCCCUACCCACCGGCCGCCGAAAUCGCCGCUGCCGCCCAUUAUUCCUCUUCCGCCCAUGUCUCUCCCCACACAUCUCCAGCUCGAGCUUGCUGCGCAGCGACCGAGCCCCCUCUAUAUCCACCAAUCACACGCCUACGACAUUCCCUACGAAUCCAACGUGGUCAAGUUUGAGCGGCUCAAGAACGUCCUGCUCAUCCCUUGGUAUCUCGAGCGCACAUUGAACUUUGGCGCCCUCGCAUGCCUCGAUGCCUGGCUUUACAACUUCACCAUCCUCCCUGUUCGGUUCUUCCUGGCUCUGGCCGUCCUCUUUCGGUGGUGGGGUUACGUUGUUGUCAAGGAGGUCAAAUUUGUCGUCGACUUCGUGUGGUAUGGCUUGGGGAGACUUUGGCGGCGUCGACGGGUAAGCCGAUCACAGCAGGCUGGCGACCAGUCGGAAGAUGAGAGAUCUCGUAGCCAAAGCCGGCAUCGCAGUGAAAGUCGGCCCCGCGGACUCUCCAGCGCCUCGAAUGCGUCGCAGAACGGGAGUGCCGAGCACCGGACGAAUGGUAACGGCAACGGCCGAUUCAAGAUCCCAGCGCAGACUCGCGGUCCUAGAUCGGGCACGUUCCGGCACAGGAGAACCAAGUCGAUACCGUCCAACCUGUCCGCCUUCCACAAGGCCGAUCUGCUUCAAGGCCUGGUCAUUGUAUGCAGCUCCAUGGCCCUCAUGACGCUCGACGCCAGCCGCAUGUACCACUUCAUCCGCGCUCAGUCUGCUAUCAAGCUCUACGUCAUCUACAAUAUCCUCGAGGUCGGUGACCGCCUCCUCUCGGCGCUCGGCCAGGACAUCCUCGAGUGCCUCUUCAGCACCGAGACGCUCUCCCGCAAUGCCUCGGGACGCUCCAAGGUCCUGCUUCCAAUGGGCAUGUUCCUGCUGGCUCUCGCCUACUGCUGUCUGCACUCCAUUGCCCUUUACUACCAGGUUAUCACGCUCAACGUGGCUGUCAAUUCGUACUCCAACGCGCUCCUGACUCUUCUGCUGUCCAACCAGUUCGUCGAGAUCAAGAGCACCGUCUUCAAGCGCUUUGAAAAGGACAACCUGUUCCAACUGACGUGUGCCGACAUCGUCGAGCGGUUCCAGCUCUGGAUCAUGCUCCUCAUCAUCGGCAUGCGCAACGUCGUCGAGGUCGGUGGCCUCUCCAUCCCUGGAGCUGGCUCUGAGCCUAGCUUCGACGAAGCCUCCGGCGCACUCCCUCUGCAUCACCCGUCUAUCCUCCCGCACGCCUUCACCGUGCUGCCUUCGUGGCUCAUGUCGGGAGAGGUUCUUUCGCCGUUCCUCAUCGUCAUUGGUAGUGAGAUGUUGGUCGACACUAUCAAGCACGCCUACGUGACCAAGUUCAACAACAUCAAACCUGCAUUUUACAGUCGUAUCCUUGAUAUCCUCUGCAAGGAUUACUACACCAACGCAUUCAUGACCCCAUCUCUAACUCGGCGCCUGGGCCUCGCCGUCAUCCCCCUUUCGUGCCUCUUUAUCCGCGCCUCCGUUCAGACUUACCACAUGCUCCUCUCUACCCACUUGCCCAUGCCCAUGCCGGAGUCUACGCAGACGUCUCUCACGCAAGAAUCCGCCGUGCCGUCCUCGCCCGCCGUCAUCGCCGCCCUCAAUCGCUUCGACUCGCUCAUCCGCGACUCGCUCGGCCGCGCCACGUACGGCUACCCCUACGGCUCGCCGCUCAACUCGCGCCCCUGGUACCAGUGGACAUCUGACGACGCCAUCGCCGCCAUCACCAUGAUCGUCGUCUUCUUCAUCGCCUUCCUCGUCCUCCUCAUCCUCAAGCUGCUCCUCGGCAUGGUCCUGCUCAAGUACUCCCGCAACCGCUACGCCCGCAUGAAGCAGGCCGAGCACCUCGUCGCCCAGGGCCAGGCCGAACGCGAAACCUACGAAACACCCGGCAGCAAGCGCGUCGGCGGCUUCGGACACGUCGAGGUCGGUGACGACCGCCAGCGCUGGAUCCACGCCGACAAGAAUGAAGGGUUGAAGGGAGGCAAGGGACCGUCGGGUUCCUCCGUCAAGAUUAAGAAGCCCGAGAGCGACAUGGAGGGCGUGUCGCGGUACGAGAUGGUCGCGAAGCGCAUUUGGUAGAGCGUCUGCAUUCUUACCUCACUUUACUUUUUCACCUUGGUUGUUGCGGGUUGCAUAUUUUUGUCCUUUCAACUUGAAAGCUGGAAACUAGAACGGAACUUCAAGGCUGCGCCGGAGGGACGCGACGGGACCGGACCGGACUGGUUGCAUGCAUAUAUAUACAAAGGUGCGAUGGCGCUUCGGACUACCAGGUAAUUCUGGGAAUGGGAAUUGAUUUCAUCUUUUGUUUUUCAAGUACUUUUGUUUCAAGUACUUUGCACGCCUCGGAGGAGUUUUGUCACUUUGGGCAUCAAUUGUUUUCAAUGACUGUUCCAGACAGUUAAAAGUCAAGCCUAGUUAGUCGUGGGAAGUUUCUCGCCAACAACAGAAUAUUUUACAUAGCAAGGUUGACCAAGGCAAUCGCGGCAUAAGUCAAACCAACCCUUGCUUGUAACCAAUACAACAGUCAUCAAAACAAACAUUCA